GAUUUUGCUAAGCAACUAACGGAUAUCAACAACAUGGCGGAUUGAUUGCCAACUUGAACAUUUUUGCGAUUAUUAUUGUCUAUAGCUUUAUCUUAUUAGUAUGUCAAAGGCUGGCAAGAGGGGCAAAAGUGCCCAAGGUGCCGGCGGGCCUGCUAAGUGGGAGCAAGCAUUGCUAGCUGCACCGUUCGAGGAGGAGAAAUGGAAGCCCAAUAUAACCUUUGUGAUUGGAAAACAAGCAGAUGACUAUGCAUGGAUCAAUAUCCUAGGUCAGACUGUUGCAGGUGGAACAAGACGUUUGUUUACAGCAUUCUCCAAGAAGGAAUUGUAUGCAGAUGUACUAGAAUUGGGCAAUCCAAAGGGUAAGAAGCCCAAAGAGACCCCGGCUCACUACGAGAUAUGUGAACCAUGCAAGAACCACUUGGAUCUAGGGGAGGAAGUUCCCCUACCCUUGCUGGCAAAACUGAUCAAGUUCAAACUACUCUGGAUUAAGCAGAACGAUUUGAAAAGACGAGAUGCUGAGAAAAAGGCCGCACUUGAAAGAGAAAAAGCUAAAGCAAAAGCUGCAGAGAAGGCAGCAGGUGGUGGUGGAGGUGGGAAGGAAAGGGCCAAGUCCCCUGGGAAGGGCAAGGGAGCGGGCAAGUCGAAGACCCCUGAACCCCAGCAGGCCAAGGAGGGAAGCAAACUGAAGAAGAGAGGGGAGGAGGACCCAGAAGGGAAAUACAUUGAUGAUGAGCCAGAUGAUGGGGCUGACCACUACGUCAUCAUGAGUGGGUUUCACUUGCCCCACCUCUACGGGCUCAUGGCAGAACUGGGCCUCAAUGUUGCCAACAUUCUGUGUGUUAGUUCUCAAGACUAUAGUCUUCUUCAACCCAAGGAAAAUGAUGAGCAACCCAUAGAGAAAGAUGAAAAGACACUAGGUAAAAUAUUGUCUGCAAAGAAAAAGAAUGGGAAAGCUGCAGAAGAGAAUGCAAGGGAGGAGAAGGAGGAAUUGGUUCGUGAACUGAAGUCCUUCUGGCAUGACCUGCCGUACAUUCUGCUGAAGCAGCCGCGCCUGCAUGACAUUGCUCGCAAGGAGUAUGAAGUGAAGACUCUACUCAUGCCUCAGAGCAUGGAGGAUCUCGAGCAAAAAAACCAGUUUGGUGUGGCCAUGUUUGAGGACGUAGCCUGCAUGAUCUAUGACCUGAUAGAUGCGCACCGCCAGUGGAAGAACUACUUACAGAACCUCAACCUCAUCCCUGUGCCUGUCUUUGCCGUGCCAGCCUCCACAGCCCCUCCUGGCGGAGAGGGAGACAAGUCGGGUGCAGUGUCGGGCGCGCCGACCCCAGCGGGUCAGGCCCCGGCUAGUGUGACCUCCCUGAACCUGGGAGACCAGAUAGAGACCCCCCAUGUGGACAUGCGUUACUACAAUGACCUGAUGAACUGUGUGCCUCAGGAGAGCGUCAGUGUGCCACUCAUCAUGAGCUGUAUGCUGGAACAGAUUGAGGCGACCCAGCAGAAUAUUGAGCCUCCCAGUGAACAGAAACCCCCGCGCAGGUCUGACGGACUGAACACGAACCUCGCUAACCACCUCAGCUCCCUCGCCUUCAAACUGGCCCUUACCGAGGAGGAACACAAUGCUCUGUCUGCGGUGCUGACCCUGCCAGAGCGCCCCCCAGAGGAGUUCAAGCAGCCCCUGCUGGUCAACCCGCACGACGACAUCACCCAGCGCACCCACCACCUCAAACAGAUCUACGGCUUUGACCCGGAGAGAAAAGAGGAGGACAUGCUGAAGAGACUGAAGAUUAGUACGGUGCUGCAGUUUCCCAGACCUACGUCAUCUGUAGCAAGGGAGAGGGCAUCCAGACUUCAAGAGCUCAUACACUUCUGUGCCACGGAAGGAAUGGCACAAUCUGAGAUAGACAGAGCCUUCAAGCAGUUUGUGUUUGAGUCGAUGGAUCUGGCAACCACUGAUGCUAACGGCUUUAUCAUCACUCGAGAUAGCGAGGGGUUGGAGCAUUCGGCCAUACCCUGGGACGACCCCUACCCGUUUUUUAAGGGCAUGAUACCCAAACACGAGAAGGAGUCUGUCAGAAUGAGUCCUGUCUCAGACGAACGCUCAGGAAACAAUAAGGAACGUUGUUCGGUAAAUGGAGUGACAAUAAACGUGGAGAGUGCCCAGUCGCCAGCCCUGUCAGUGGAGAAGCCUGCCAGCCCCACCGCGGGAAAGGAACAUGAUUCACGCCCUUCCACUGCAGACAGCAAGAAGGGCAUCCUGCGACCUUCAUCAAGGUCUAGCUCCCGCGAAGGUCGCAAGUCGAGGUCUCCCUCUGUGCAUUUUAACCUUGGUGAUGAUCGACGGCCGUCAGUCCACUUUGAGGCUGACACGGAGGGUCACACGAUCGCGCACGUGAAGAACGAGGACAAGGAUGAGGAGGAGGAGAUCCUGGGUGGAAAGACCACGGAGGAGAGCAUGAAUGAGAUUGUAGACGCACAGAAACGGCAGCUUGACCAGUGGUGCUUUGCCGAGCACUACGACAAGAAAGUGCUGCUACAGGUGAUGAAGUCGGCUAUCUACAAGUUGCCGGUGGUGGAAACGUACUACCACAAACGAGACCACUCCCUGAUGGUAGUCCUUCACAACCCACACAACCAGGAGUUACAGAAGCACGAGGACUGGCACUGUGAACUACACUCCAACAUAGGAUUCAGGAACUACCUGGACUUUGUAGAGGAGUCUAUAGGAGACUGGCUGAAGGAGGAGGAGGCCAAAUAUCAGGCACAGGUUCUGUCCCAGGAGAUAGAGAAGAUGAGGCAAGAUGAGGAGACUGCAUCACGUAUGGCUGAGAAGAACAACAAGAAGUCCUCCAAACGAUCUGCAACUUCUAAAUCGAAGUCCCCAAAAGGUUCUCGUGCAAGCAGCCAGGAGCGUCCUGCAUCUGCUGUCAGCAACAUCUUCAUCCGCGCAGGCUCAUUGAAAGCACAGAAGAUUGAACAGGACCGUGUCAAGGCUGAAGAGGAAGAGAAGGAACGUGUGAAGAGUGCAAAGCGAUCAAAGUCUCCCAAGGCCAAGAAAGAGGAAAAGGAGGAUCCAAAGAAGCGCCCUGGUUCCCGUGGCAGCGCAAAGUCCAAGGGCUCAGCCAAGGACCAGGAACCAGAGCCAGUCGUUGACAUGGAAACCAUGGGAGAUGAGAAGUACUGGCCAUUCUCUGGGUACGACAUGGGCAACAACCUGAUCCACGUGUUCGGGAUCACUUCCAGCUUCUUCCCGGCUGACGGCGGACAGAUCCGCACGGAGAGAACAGAAUUUACUCAAGGUUCAGUGAGCGUGCGUACGACCGUGCUGAAGGACAACCACACGUUCACGGUUCACGUAAUCGACCCGAAGGACCCGCAGGCAGUGGAAGCCGCAGAAGGCGGCGACACGACACGGUCCGGCGCAGAGAAGGCAGAGUUUGAGAAACCAGAAAAGGAAAACAAGGACGCAGUGGAGUCAGACAAGCAUUCCAAGCAUUCCAUGAAGUCCUCGGUGCGUAAGCAGACGUCAGUGAGUGCGUUUGGCUCCGUGACCACACAAUUCAUGGACGGUAUGACGCUGGCCUUCAGUCAGUUUGGUGAUCACGGCAGUGCCCCGGAUGCUAAGAAGCCUGAGCCUGAGAUGUAUAGCCCACCAGUGUCAGACCCCAGUCCCGUGCCCCCACCAUCCCCCAGCAAGACCAAGAAGGGAGAUAAGAAGGGGGAGAAGGGGCGGAGCUCUGCCACGCCCGAACCCCCGCCACCACCACCCCAGCCACAGGACCCGGUAAACACUGCGGAGGAUACUCAAGCAGAUGGAGAUGACAGGGAGGAGACCAAGUCCACGGAGCCGCCGCCCAUAGAGCAGCCUUUCCAGCAGUUGUACAUCUCCUGCCCAGACGGCCUCAGUGUCAAGUACAUGCUAGAGAGCCACAUCGGGAUGCGCCCCCUGGCUGAGGAUGACCGCCGUCUGCUCGUUAGGCAGAGCUACCCGUUCAAGACCAACGGGAUGCAGGGUUGCGAGGCCCCACGCAAGAAGUAUGCUCUAUCUGAGGUGUCACGCGUUAUCACGUCCGAGGGGACUGUGAUCAAGAACAUGGUCAAUGGAUCUGUUGAGGUCCUGUAUGCGGAUGGCACAGUGAGCAUACACACAGGCCACUGGGAUCUGCCUCGGAGCAGGGAGAGCUCCCCCCAGCGGCAGAACAGCGCCAAGAGCCAGCCUGACACACCCACCAAGGACACGAAGGAGACCAAGGGCGACAAGGACAAGGACAAGAAGGGCGCGAGUACUGACCGAAGUACAGGCAAGAAGAGCAAGCCGACAUCAGAGGUCACAGAAGAGCGUGUGGAGGAGGAGGAAAAGAAGAGCACCUGGGUGAUGACUUUCCCGUCCGGAGAGCGUGUCCAGUACACCACGGGCGCUGUGCCAGAGGAGCUCAAACCGGUCAUGGUGUGCCUGGCAUCUGACCCUGAGACCAGCCAGUCAAUGGCAACGCGUGAUGACCAUGUGGUGACAAUUAGUUACCCGGACGGUACUACCAUACUGGAGCAUGCGGACGGUACCCGCAUCACCACGUAUUACCGCGAGACCCAGGUCCCUGUUGGAGACAGCGUCACUGAUGAUGGCGAGAAGGAACUAGACGUCCAGACCAACAAGUUUGUCAAGGUUGAAUGCCCUGGCUUUGCCACAGUUGAGUUCAACUGUAUCACGAGCGAAAACCUCACGAUUUUCGGUAACGGGACCACAGUGAACAUCUUCCCCGAUGGUUACUACAUGCUACACCACUAUGACGGGGGUAGACUGGAGGUCGACACAGAGGGCAUCCUGACCUACUUCCCUCGACCAGUCAAGAACAUGGAACAACUUCUGCCGGAGCGAGAGAUCCGCUACAUGUUCUGCCACAACGCAGACGUCACCGUGGAGACAGUGGAUAGUGAUGGGAAUGUGUUUAACAUUAAAAAUAAUGGCGAUUUCAGCGUGUUUCCGGCCAACACUGAUGAUGUGUCUGAUGUGAGCAGUGAGGACCAGGCUCGUCUGGAGAAGAAGAUAAUCACCUACAAGGACCACGCCCCGCGCUUCUUUGUUAUCCACGCUGAUGGAAGUGGAACAGAGCUGAUGCGAUACCAGGAUAUAGCGGAAUACCUGACCACUGCGGAACAGAGUCCUGCAACAGCCGUGCUCAGAGACGAUCUGCCGGAUUUUCCCGGCGUGGUUGGUAUCACGAUACUCAAGCCGUAUGUUGGGGGCCCGUCUGAACGCUGGCUGAAGAAAUAUGACCAAGAGUCUAUCAUUCCUCCAGGAAUUCGGUGCCGAGACCUCACUACCCUUCCGCCAAAGGAGUUCAAGACGGCUGGUCCACGUUUUGGGACCACUGCAGGUCAAGGGCUCUCGGUGGGUGGGGCUGUUAAGGGUCAGGCGAGGAUCCCUAUUGUGAAAUGUCCUAACAUCCUGGAGCUUAGGCAACUUGUGCAGUACAAGCCAAUGGGUGACCAGCUUAGAUCAUUGAUGCAGAGGGGCCUGAGAGAGUACGCGGAGUAUGUUAAGGCUCGUAACGCCAUGCAGGACUACAUGCGGGUAGUUGACCCACGCUCAGAGGAAGAGAGAAUGACCGCUGCAGACCUGCAGGUCACAGCCAGGGCAAAUAACGAGCUCACUAAUUAUGAGAAAGCCGACGUUCGUAACAUUUAUGAGAAGGAGCUGACUCCCCCAGAGCCCAGUCCCCCGCCCACCCCGCAGCCCAAGCGCACACAGGCUGACUGGGACCGCGAUGAGCGAGAACUGGAGGAGGAGAAGGAGGGGCUGGAUGCACUCAAACGCAAGAAGAUACCUAAAUACUUUGACAGCGAGUUCGGGAAAGCGUUCUUACUCACUCAGACGAAGGAUUUCAAUGAGACUGUGGCUUUACUAGCGGACGAUCCACGCAGAGACGGGUCUCGGGCCCUCAGGCGCAAUACCACAGAGAGCUCUGGCGCAGAACCACGAAGUGCUGGCAUGCCUGCUAGAUCUGCCACUCACCCUGUGACCUCCCAGAGUGACCGCUCCAGCCAUUCAGACGUCACCAACCAGCCCAAAGUGCCCGUAGCAGACACCCCCAUGUCAUUCGCAGUGUACAGUGAAGUAGGUCACUCCGCCAGCGGUAUGCGCCCAGGCAACCCAACGCCUGCUCAUGCUACGGGCCAGGGCUCCCCAGCGCCUGUGCGUCCCUCAGCCCCCACACCUGCUCAUGCCAACAAGAGCGUGCCAGGUCGACCAGGAAACCCCACCCCCAAGCAAGCGGGGGCGGGGACAGAAUCUCCAUCAGACCUCCCCUCACAUCUAGACUAUCCAAUCAUAUUUGAGCAGCCUGCUCUAGAGGAAGAGUCUGAGUUUGGAGGUGAGCAUGAGAUGAUCUCCCAGAGGAUGAAAAUGGAUGUGCUGGGUCACCCCCGCAGCAAGCCGGUUCCCCUGCCUACUGUAAUCAAGGGAGGCAAGCCGGGAGCCAUCCCCAACACCAAGUACAUCCAAGUAGAGGACCCGGUGCGCCGGAAGACCAACAACUCCCUGAUCGCCGGUGCAACGGUUAAGGGCCAGACCCAGCUGAACGCCAUGCGAGGUCUGAUCCUGCUACCGGAGGAGGUGGACUUUGGGGUGCUCAAGGAAGGCAACACGUAUGCCUUUACCGUCUUGCUGAAGAACACGGGCGUGGACACUUGCCGCUACAAGAUCAAACAGCCCCCACCUGCCACUGGCAUCCGGAUCAUCUACAAACCUGGACCGGUGGCGGCUGGCAUGAAGGCGGAGAUAGAAGUGGAGAUUUACGCCAUAGCUGUUGGCGUGGAGGGAGAGUCGGGCGUGGGCUCCGUAAGACACGAGCUGGAGAUUGUCACGGAAACAGACGUCAUCUUCCUGCCAAUCACAGCAAAUAUCCUUUUUGUGAAUGAUGAUUCAUCUAGAACAUGGUUAAAUGUUUGAGAUUCACUGUUAUUC